AGGGGUUUUGUUUUGUUUAUAAAAGAGAGCGAGCGAGUAAGCGAGGGUAGAGAGAGAGAGAGAGAGAGACAGAGACAGAGACAGAGACGGGCGUUUCCUUUCGUUCUCAUGGACGACGCCGAGGAGCUCGACCACGUCGUCUCCGACCAACACCGCGAGUUCAUGGCCGCGCGAUCCGCCGAGUCCGAUCUCGACCUCGCCUUUCGCCUCCAAAUGGAGGAGGCCAUGGCCGCCUCCCUCGCCCUCCUCCCCUCCUCCUCCGCCUCCGCCUCAGCCGCCGCAGCGCCGUCGUCAUCCUCCGCCGUGGCGAUCGCCGGAAAAGGUGAGGGCGACGGCGGCGACCUCGUCUUCGUCCUCGGCCUCCAAGCCCUAGAGCUCGAGCGCUUCCGCCAGGAGCGGAAGGACAGCGAGGAGACCCAGGCCGAGCGCCGCCGCGUCGCCGACGACCUCCGCCGCCGCGCCCACGACGGGCGAUUCGCGCACGAUAUCCUCAUGAUGCCCGACGAGGAGUGGGACGAGUUCGGCGACGACUUCGAGCGCCCGAUGGGGCCCGGGCCCGGGCCCGGGCGCGGCGGCGACGGCGAGGCCGAGGAGCCGUUCCGGCUCUACUUCAAGGGGAUGGCGAGUGCGAAGGAGGAGGGCUCCUCGGUCAUCUUUGGAGCGAUCGGGGUGGCGGUGUGCGAUCCCAGGGACAAUUUGGUGCUUAAGAUUCAGAAGCCAAUGCCGGCGGAGGCUACCAGCCGCGAGAUGUUGGAGACGAAGGCGCUGAUCGAGGGGCUCAACGCGGCCAUCUCUUUGGGCAUCAAAAGGAUCAAUGUGUUCUCGGACUAUAAGGUCCUUUAUAAUCAUUUGACUGGAAAAUGGAUCGUCAGGCAACGUAAGGUUGCAAAUACGAUCAACCAAGUUUCAUUACUACAAAGGAAAUUCGAAGGAUACCGAAUGUUCCUGCUGCCGCGGAACCAUGUCAAAUAUGUCUUUAAAUUUGCGAAGGACGUGAUAGACUCUCAGAUCACAAAGAAAGCAGAUGUUAGUCCCAGCAAAAAUACAAAAGAAACAUGCAUCAUCUGUUUGGAAGCUACUGAUUCUUCUGAGAUGUUUGCUGUCAAUGGCUGCUCGCACCACUUCUGCUUUUCUUGUAUGAAGCAACAUGCGGAAGUGAAGUUACUCCAUGGGAUGCUCCCCUCUUGUCCGCAUGAUGGCUGCAACAUGAAACUGAAUGUUGAAAGUUCUAGAAAGUUCUUGUCACCAAAACUUCUAGAGAUUAUGACCCAGCGCAUAAAGGAAGAAUCUAUUCCUGCAGCCGAGAAAGUCUAUUGCCCCAACCCAAAGUGCUCGGCCUUGAUGUCACUGGAUGAAGCGAUGCGCCCUCAGCAGGAGUCUUCUUCCUCUAAGAAACCCUUUGUUGACACUUCGGGGUUAAGAGUGUGUAUCAAAUGUAAUGGACCUUUCUGCAUUAAGUGCAAAGUUCUGUGGCAUGACCAGAUGUCGUGUUAUGACUACAAAAGGCUGCAUCCACAUCCCCGUCCUGAGGAUGCAAAGCUGCAGUCCCUUGCUAGACAGAAAUUAUGGAGACAGUGCACCAAAUGCAACAAUAUGAUUGAACUGGCCGAGGGCUGCUUUCAUAUGACUUGCAGGUGUGGACAUGAAUUCUGCUAUACCUGCGGAAAGGAAUGGAAAGAUAAAAGGGCGACUUGUUCUUGCCCGCUGUGGGAGGAAGGUAACAUUUUGUACGAUGAUACAGAGGACGAGGAUGAUGACGAGGACUUUUUCAACGAUGAGGAUGAAGACGAGGAUGAUGAGUACGAUUUCCAUGGUUGGCACCAUAUUACUGACCAUAAUCGUGUGUAUUAUGGUAAUAACUAUAACAACUAUGAUCGUCGCCGGUAUUAGGCUGGCUCAAAUUUAUGUGAUCAGAAAGUUGUCGCUCCAUUUUGUUCUUUUGAAUACUAUCUGCCAAACUCGUGUCAUUGUCAAAAAAGUCUUAGAAUAACUGUUUAAUUAGUUUAUAGCAUGGUAAUAUUGUUCGAACCAAUAUUUCUGUGGUCAGCAUAUUAAAGAGCUUCUCAUGCUUGUAUAGCAAUUUGAAUGGUCCCUUGAAUCUCAUGUUGCUCUUUUGCGGUUUUCUGUUUUGUGGUUCUUGAUUUGCA